AUGACGGCUACUAGUCAAGAUGCAGCAAGCGGGAUCUCUAACCUCAAAAUUUACGGAAAAGAAUCGGCCAGCUCGUCAGCUAUAAGCUUGAAGCACGACUACAUUGACAGUCCCUUUAGCGGCAAAAAGGACCAGUUUGAGCGGGUUUUGGAUUUGCUCGACUCGACGGGGUUCAUUCCGGAAUCGUUGUUGGAAGCUGAAGCCAGGUGGUUUUACGAGUCCUUGGGCAUUGACGAUGUCUUCUUUGCACGACUGACGCCAGAGGAGAUUGCCGGGCAUGUGCACGCUUUGUACUCGUGUAAAGUGCAAGCGUAUGCCAACUCGGGCGAACAACCGUUGAUCUCGUACAAGAGAGAAGCGGAAGACCACGCGGUUUUUUUCGAUACCGUUGAUGCGCGAGAUCACCAAAGAAACCCGUUUGAAGAGAGAAUCGAUGAUAAGUACAUUGAUCCCUCGGUGCCAACAGCAAAAAGCUAUCGUUUGGAGUACUUCUGCUCGCCCUUGAACUACCGCACCGACCCUAUUCUCAAUGGCGUCUACUCGCAAAACAAGCAGUUGCAAGAGCAAUACGUUCGCUUAUUCUUUGUCUACAAGAAUGAAUUCAAUAAUCUCGAUGCUGCGGACUCGUUGGCGCUGGAUAUCGAAAAAGUUGGUGACAAGACUUUUUUGAAAAUCGCUUCCCCCAAUACAAAGACGCUUUACGAUUGCAUUCAAAAGGAAGUUUUAAAAUCGACUGGCCCCAUCAUUAAACAUUUCCCUAUUGAAAACAGUGAAGAGUAUAGAGUCAUUAUCGGCUUUAAGCAAAACUCGGCGCCAAGGUAUAACUCGGCAUUGAGCGAUUUGGCCAAUUACUACAAGUUGCAAACCACUAGGAAGUAUGUUGAACAAUUUGCCAAUGGUGUCACCAUCAUUUCCAUGUAUGUCACCUCGAGACUGAGCCACUCGGCUGCUGACUUGUCCAUAUACCAAGUCAUCAAGGAGGCCUCCUUGUUGUACUGUAUUCCACACAAUUUCUUCCAUAACAGGUUUAUCAAGGGCGACUUGUCAUUGCAGGAGUCUAUUUAUGCGCAAUCGGGUGUCAUUUUCGUCACCCAUUUUUUGAACCGGUUAGGUCCAGAAUACAACAAAUUGUCCUCGUUGUUGGAUCCAUCCAAGUCUAUUGAACACGCUGAAGUGUUGAGCAGCUUGAAAAAAAGAUUGAGAGCUGAAACUUAUACUCAGGAUUACAUCAAAGAGGUGUUCAACGCGAGAAGCGACAUUGUCCGCAAAUUGUACCGCCAAUUUGCAGAUGUCCACUAUAUCAGAUCCUCGAUGGAAAAGACCUUGUCCUACCAGAGAUUGUCCCAAAUCACCCCUGUGGGCUCCGAAGAAGAAUUUGAAAACUUGUUGAGCAGGGAAUGUUCGCAAAACGAGCACCACGCUAUCGUCUUGAGGGCAUUGUACAAGUUCAACAAGUCAAUAUUAAAGACAAAUUUCUAUACUCCUACGAAAGUUGCCUUGUCGUUUAGAUUGAACCCCCUGUUUUUGCCCGAAGCAGAAUACCCAGAUCGCCCAUUUGGCAUGUUUUUCAUUGUUGGCUCGGACUUUAGAGGCUUCCACAUUCGAUUCAGAGACAUUGCACGUGGAGGUAUCAGAAUCGUUAGAUCGAGAUCGCUAGAUGCCUACAAUGUCAAUGUCAGAAAUCUCUUUGACGAAAAUUACAACUUGGCCAACACGCAACAGCGUAAAAACAAAGAUAUCCCCGAAGGUGGCUCGAAAGGUGUGAUUCUAUUGGAUGUAGGUGCUGCGCAAGAACGUCCACAAUCGAGCUUUGAAAAAUACAUUGACGCCUUGAUUGAUUUGCUUUUGAAGCAGCACAUCCCUGGGGUCAAGGACCACUAUGUCGACUUGUACAAUAAGCCCGAGAUUCUCUUUUUGGGACCAGAUGAAGGAACCGCCGGAUACGUUGAUUGGGCCACGUUGCACGCCAAAGAACGAGGCGCACCAUGGUGGAAAUCGUUCUUGACGGGCAAAUCUCCGCAGAUUGGUGGUAUUCCACACGAUGAGUACGGCAUGACAAGUUUGUCUGUUCGUGCUUACGUCAACAAAAUCUACCAGAAAUUGGAUAUUGACAAUGGCAAGAUUCGCAAGUUUCAAACUGGUGGUCCCGACGGAGACUUGGGAUCCAACGAAAUCUUGUUGUCAAGAAAUGAAAACUAUGUCGGUUUAGUUGACGGUUCGGGAGUCAUUUGCGAUCCAAAUGGAUUGGACAAGGAGGAGUUGCUCCGGUUAGCCAAGGAGAGGAAAAUGAUUGAACACUAUGACAAGUCUAAAUUGUCGCUGCAAGGUUACAUUGUUUUGGUUGACGAUAUGGACGUUACAUUACCAAAUGGCCAACUAGUCACCAGCGGUGUUGCAUUUAGAAACACCUUCCAUUUGCGAUUGAAAGAGCAAUACGGCGUCGAUGGCGGCGUCGACUUGUUUGUCCCCUGUGGCGGCAGACCAGCUGCCAUUGACACCAAUAACGUGCAAGAUUUAAUUGACGAAAAGACGGGCAAGUCGAUUGUUCCUUACUUUGUUGAAGGUGCCAAUUUGUUCGUCACGCAAUCGGCAAAACUAGUGUUGGAGAAAGCCGGCACCAUUAUUUUCAAAGAUGCUUCGACAAACAAAGGCGGCGUCACUUCUUCCUCUUUGGAAGUGCUCGCCGCGUUGGCAUUUGACGACAAGGGCUUUUUGCAGAAUAUGUGUGUCAAUUCAGACACUGGUGCUAAGCCCGAGUUUUACGUCAACUAUGUCAAGGACGUGCAGAGCAAGAUUGUUGCUAAUGCCAAUGCCGAGUUUGAAGCGCUUUGGAAACUAAACAAGGACACUGGCGUUCCUUUUACUAUAUUAUCAGACAAACUUUCACUUGCCAUUAACAAGUUGGGCGACGAGUUGGCCAACUCCAAAGAGCUCUGGGACGAUGAUAUCGAGUUUAGAAACGCCGUGUUGUUGGACUCGUUGCCACCAUUGUUGUUGGAAGAGAUUGGCAUUGAAAACGUGCUUGCUCGUGUGCCGCAAGCUUACUUGAGGGCCAUUUUCGCCACGCACUUGGCAUCGAGCUUUGUAUAUUCGAGGGGCAUUGAUUCGAACCCUGCCAAGUUUUUGGAGUUUAUCAGUAGUCUUAGGAAGGAGUUUGUCAAGAAGGGGUUGUUAAAGUAUUGA